AGUUUGUUUAUAUGCUGUAUUACUUUGACAGACUUUCCCAUGUUAAACCAUUCUUGCAUCUCUGGGAUAAAGCCUACUUGACCAUGAUUUGCCAAAAUGAAGGAGUUCAUCUUCAAGUUCAGUGGCCUGAUUUGCAGUACAGCAGCUUUGGUGUUCGAAAUCAUCCUUGCAAACAGCCAAUGCUGGCGCCUGUGGGAGUUUAACAACGAGGUUGUGCAAUUUGUGUCAAUUGGACUCUGGGAUGCUUAUUACACUCAGGAAUUUAACAUCUCUGGGUCUAUGACUAGGAUGUUGGUUCACACCCCUCUCAAUUCAACCUGGAACGAGUCAUCGGAAUUUCAGUAUUUACAACUCCUGAUAGCGUGGGCCAUUUUGAUGAAACUCCUAGUCCUGAUUUUCACUUCAGUGGCCAUUAAGAUCAGCUGUCUGGAUGACCCAUUCAUUGAAAUCCAACUGUUUUGCUACAAGAUGUCUGCCAUAAUUUUGGCUGUGAGCAGCAUUUUUACACUUGUUACUGUGACCUUGAACCACCUGGUUGACAUGUAUGGGCAAACCACUCUUGAUUUUCCACCUGACUUUCCCGUAAAGAAAGAAGACAUUAUAAAGAAACACUGCACAACUGUGUUCCCAAUGGGUGUCCUGACAGCCACGAUGUCACUCUUUGGCGUGAUUUUGUUUCUCUAUGAGAUGAUCUCUUUGACAGAACAGAGUCAGGUGAAGGCCCAGUGUGCUUCCAACCUGGCUGCGCAAAAGGUCUGAAGUGAGGGCUCUGGCAUUUUAACAUCUGCCUGGAGAAUCCUUGAAGAAAUUGCCCAUUUGUACACAGUACUGUGUAAUCACCAAUUCAUUCUAUAUAAAAUAUCAACUUGA